AACUGACCAAUGGCUGUUGAAGUGGGCGGAGCUUUAGGGACAACAGCGCAGGAUUCAAACUGAACAUGGCUGCGGGGAACGAUGUUGACGAAAGCACGCAAAAUAGAAGAAGCAUGGUGACCCACUGCGAGGAGUCGCCCGGCUCCUCUUGUUCUGUCAGACCGCCCGUCAUCUUCAACCCAGAUUUUUUUGUUGAGAAACUCCGCCACGAGAGCCCCGACGUGUUCCUGGAGCUUGUGCUCAGUAACAUAACUCGGCUCAUCGACCUUCCUGGGACCGAGUUCGCCCAGCUCCUCGGUGAGGAUUGUCCCAAAACCCCGACAAGUGGAAAUGGAGGCUUUUUCCGCUCUUUCAACUUCCUUAAGCGAAAAGAUAAAGGCGUCGUCUUUGGAACCACGCUGACUGAGAGCUGCAUCGCACAGAUCUAUCAGCUCAUUGAGUUCCUCAGCAAAAAUCUGCAUGUGGAGGGUUUGUUCCGGGUGCCGGGGAACAGCCUUCGGCAGCACGCCUUGAAGGAGCUGCUGAACGGCGGGGCGGACGUCGACCUGGAGGCCGGAGAGUUUCACCCCAACGAUGUUGCCUCUCUGCUUAAGACUUUUCUGGGAGAGCUGCCGGAGCCUCUGCUGACACACCGACACUUCCACGUGCACCUGAAGAUAGCCGACAUGACUCUGUUUGAUGAAAAAGGAAAUAAAACAGCGGUUCCGAACAAGGAGCGUCAGAUCGAGGCCCUGCAGCUCCUCUUCCUGUUGCUGCCGCAGGCCAACCGCUCGCUGCUCAAACUGCUGCUGGACCUGCUCUACCACACCGCCAAGCAGCAGGACAAGAACAAGAUGUCUGCCUACAACCUGGCGCUCAUGUUUGCCCCGCAUGUCCUCUGGCCCAGACAUAUGACAGCCGGAGACCUUAAAGACAAUCUGAAGAACCUGAACAACAGCAUGGCCUUCCUCAUCAAGCAUUCACAGAAGCUCUUCAGGGCUCCAGUCUAUUUGAGGGAAUAUGCCAAGGUCCAUUUUAACGGAACCAAGGUUCUGCAGAGUAAGGAUGACCUGGAGCUGCUGGCCGUCAGCAGCAGCAGCAGCAGCUCUCCUGCCCAGCGGACGGCGCCGGCUCUGAAGCGGACAGCCGGUCCGGGCUGCGCCGUGCAGGAGCAGAGUCAGUCGCCUGCUCAGCAGUACACAGAGGAGGCGCUGAAGGAGCUCUUCAGACACGUUCACCAGAACAUGCCCGACUCCGCCAAGAAGAAGAAACUCGUCCGACAGCUCGUCAAACAGACUCAGUCAGGAACAUCCAGCGAGGAUCAUCUGCUCCCUACAGCCGCCUGUAAGAAGCAUCCUCGUUCCCGCUCCUUUGGUGGCCUCAUCAAGCGAAAAGCUCGAGGCGAGCAGAUGAGAGAGAGACACAUCUCGCCCGAAGCCGCUGGAAAAAAACUAGGAAAAGAAAAUUUCCUCGUCCAGUCGGUGAGCAGUCCGUCAGCCGGUCCUGUCAUGGGGAAAGCAGGACUUGUAGUUAAAAAUCCAGAUUUUAUCUUUCACAAAAACAAACCUCUGAAGGUUUCUAAGGAUUCUCCCUCCGUCUCCCGGAUGUGUUUCUCUCCGACUCAGGAAGUGUCAGUAUGAACCAAGAUUGGACUAGGACAGUAUUAAUCAGCCAUUACACAUGUGAAUACUUGGGUUGUAUCCAGCUGCGACUAAUGUCAGAUUGAGCCGUCAGAACCGGAGUUACAAAGUGGUACAAAUAGUUUCACAGGUUUGCAUGUUUUAUUUAGAAUGACAACAUUUUAGGAAUGUUUGCAGAUUAGAGUCGUAAUAAUAUCAGCAGCUAGCGGAUUAGCUUCAUGGUUCUGCUAUAUAAAGGAAAACCACUGACACUGAAAAAUGCAGAAUAUGUAUAAAUGCUGUAGAAAUUGUUUUAUA